CCUACACUGUCUGGUUUGGCAAACUUCCUAAAACCCUCCAUUUUUUUUUAAUUACAAGCUUUAUCCUGUCAUUACUUAUUUAGAUUAUGCCAUUUUUGUCUAAUAAUCAUGCUACUCUUGCACUCUUUAUACCAACAUUUGCAGAGAUUUUCCCUUUUUUGUUUUUUAAUUUUUUCCUUUUUGAUUUAGUUAUUUAAACAUUUAAAGCCCUUAUAACAGUCCAAGAUACGAAGCAAAUAGCAGAAUCAAUUGGGUUUAUGAGUUUUCUUUACUUAGAAUUUCCAUAUCUCUCAAAAAUGGAAAAUUUAACCAAUUCCUAGCUGUAUAUCGUCAAUGUAACUAAACCCUUUCUCUUCUACUACCUCUGCAAGUUCAACAAUUUCCUCCAUUGAUGUACCUUCCCUUAUUCAUUUUUGUACUUAUUUAGUUAAAAAGAAACUUGGGUUUUUGUUGUUUUGCAAAAUUUAUGCGAAUGUGCAGAAAAGUACAAAUGCGGAGGAUGUGGAGAGAAGGACAUAGAAGAAGCCCUCGAAUAUCGGCUUUGGAUGCGAGGAAGGCUCAGCCAUCGAGGCCUAAAUCUUCUGGUGUUCAAAGUAGGUUUAGUACCAACACUAUUAUUACUAGUACUAGCACUAAUUUACACGUGGCAGUGCAUCAGCAAAACAAACGCCGUCGUUUGCGUCACGGCGAGGGGCCUGCCUCCCGGACCAGAGCCAAGAAGAAGAGGAAACUUAGACCUCUUCAAGAUGUAGCCUCUCCUUUAAGUGCUCAACAGGAUCUCAAUAAUGAUGAACAGGAUGAAAUGCAAUCAAGCGAUGGAGAUGUUGCACUAAAUGAUGAUAAAGUCAUUGUGCAAAGUAAAGAUAGCAGAAAACAUGGAGAUCAAGUUACCAAUCCGGACCAACCACAUACUGUGCCAUUUGCCUCACGAAUGCCAGAAAAGCGCAUACUGGAGCUUAUCCUUGAUGUAUUACAGAGGAGAGAUAAUCAUGAAAUAUUUGCAGAACCAGUUGAUCCAAAUGAGGUAGAGGAUUACUAUGAAAUCAUCAAAGAGCCAAUGGAUUUUGGGACAAUGAGAGCUAAACUUCAUGAGGGAAUGUAUAGAAGUCUUGAACAAUUUGAGCAUGAUGUAUUUCUAAUAUCCAAAAAUGCAAUGCAUUUUAAUUCAUCCAGUACAAUUUAUUUCAGACAGGCUCGUGCCAUCGAUGAACUAGCUAAAAAGGUUUUUUGUGUUCUUAAAACUGAUCCUGAAAAUUUUGAAUUGGAAUUUUCGGGAUCAAGACGAAGAAAUACUAGAAGACCUAAAGGUGAAGCUAGGAGUUCAACUUACAGCUCAUCUUCUAAGCCUGCCACAAAUUCAAGAUCUAACAGUGCAACACCCACUGUACCUCGAAAACCUAUUCUCAGUUCAGCAAGCAGUAUAUUGAAUUUAAGAACAAAAACGCAAGUAAUGCCUUGCUACACUGCUAGGGGUAUUACUACCCUAUCUGACAUAAGGGAGGAUGAAGUGCCUUUUGGUGGUGGGGAUGGUAGAGGAUCUAACUCUUCUGAAGCAAAUAGGCGUUCUACCUAUAGACCUUGCUUGUCUAUCCUUGAUGAUAAUUAUUCAAUUGUUUCGAAAAUUUAUAAUAACUCCAAACUGCUAAUGCAUGUGAAUCAGCAGGAUAUUAAUUAUAGGAAAAGCUUAAAGUUGUUUGUUAAAGAUUUAGGGCUAACAGCCCAAAUGGUCGCCCAACGCAAGUUAGAUGGAUGGUCAAUUGAAGCUACCAAUUAUAUGACUUCAGCUUCAAAUUAUUCCAAGACUCCUAACUGCAAAAAUGUGACAUCCAGCUUUGACCAAUGGAUAUCGUCUACUGCAGAUGCUCCAAUUAAAUGGUCUCAAAGUAUAAGCAAUGGUAACAGAAUAGACAUGUGUGAUACUAAUAAAGGGGAUAUACCUCAUUCUGGUGAUAAAAUAAGUAUCUGUGGCACUUCAAUGGAAGCAGCAUCACAUGGUAAUCAGAGAAGUAUCUUUGGUGCCACUAGACUGGAAGCUCAGAGCAGGAACAAUAUGGAUACAGUGAGCAGUAGGAUUCAUAUUGGUCCACAUUCAUCCAUCAUCAGUGCAAGAGAUCCGAAUUUCUUGGUUGCUAAUUUGAACAACAAAGAAAAGAUGCAUGAAAAGUCACGAUCAUCAGAUUCAGAUUCAAAAUAUUCUAACUCAAAUGUCUUAGAACACAGGUUAAGCGAUAAUUGCAGCUUUUCAUCACCUUCAUGGCAGCUAGACACCAUGACUGCAGGCGCAUCAGGUUUUGGUCAAACCAUAGGCUCCACGAACAAUCUUCAAUCACGACACCUGAGAAGUUAUGAUCAAGCUACAGCAGGCCUCCUAGGUGUAACUCAAGAAAUUUGUAGUUCAUAUGAGACAGACAUGGCAUUGAAAUCAAACCACAGCUUGACACCAGUUUCCCAAUUCAUAUUUGAUCUACCCUUCUUGAAGACGCAACUUGAUCAGAUGAAUUCGGUGGGACCGGUUAGAUUUCUGCAACAGAGCUCAGAUGGCCAAGUAGGAUUCCUGGAUAGAAUGAGUGAGACUUACCACCAUGAUAACCAGCUUACUAGCUUGGCUCUUCAGCUGUAAGUAAUUAAUAUGACAAAUACAGUUCUCAUUCUGAAAACCAAAGUAUCCUUCUAGAACUUGUAAAUAGACUGCCAUUCUAUUGCAUCAGUUCAAGGCUUCGUUUGGUUUUGGUUGAGGCAUUAGUUGCUGCAAA